GACUCCCCGGCAGGGGAAGGAAAUAAUAUGCCUCAGGUAAACCCUAACACGGCUUACCAACCCCAGCAUCAGACGCACUCAAAUAGACCCCUGGACCCCAGGGAGUUACAAUUUAAAGGGACUAAGGCCGCAAGAAGGGCCAAACCGGACUCAUACAUUGACUCUCCACAAGAGGAUUCUGAUGACCCCUUAGAGGGAUCGGAUGAGUCAGAGCCGGAUUCAUAUGAGGACGAUGCUGGGGAGACGGCGCUCACUACAGCUGCCAACCCUGCCACGCAGGGAGAUAUUCUCCUAGACUCCCUAGGAGAACCGUUCUUUGAUCCAAACGCUAUUAGUCACCCGCGUUCUGGAGAAUGGACCCCUCUACCAGAGGUGAACCAAUACAUAGAAUUAUGGGCUAGAAAAUCCCUUGACGGGGUUAGUCGCAACAAACUUAGGGCUGAAUGCCCUAGACCCCUUAUACCCAAUAAAGUGGUGGCUACCCCUGAGAUAGACCCCAUUUUAACCAAAUAUCUAAUGAAAUCUGGCAAAUUCCAGAGAAAAGGGGUAGAACGAUCAUUCCGAUCCAUUCAAGAUCGUGUUCUAGACAUGAUGGGGCCCCUGACCAAGAUCCUCAAUCUUUCGGAACAGGCGGCAGCAUCCGGGCAACCGGUCGACCUACAACAGCUGAGAGGCUGGGCGCAAAGAGCAAUAUGCCUGGCUGGCACUGCCAAUACGGCAUGCUCGAUUGAAAGACGCCGAUCUAUACUGAUGCGUCUGGACCCCCAGUUAGCCCACCUGGCGGAGUCAGAACCCGGACCGUCUGCGGACGGCAUGUUAUUUGGAGACUCUUUAUUGAAAGACGUCAAUAAAUUUGUGGGCCUUUUUACGAGCCUGGACAAGGCUCAAAAUUCCUUGAGGAAAGCUGGGACCCCCAAGGUUUUUAACAGGGCCGGCAGAAACAGAGGCUGAUCUGCCGGCCGUGCCCCUUCCUACAGGCCACAAAAUAGAGCCCCAGUACAAUACCAGUACCCGCAGGCUCAAUCCUACGCCGCUCCAGUGGCACAACCUGCCCCCUUCUUUCCACCACGAGGCAGACCAUGGCGAGGACGAGGGGGACGAGGUUACCCACGAUCCCGACCUCCCACCGGUUACUGAAUAUCGUACCUGGGUAAUACUCCGGAUUGGGAUACUUGAAAGUUCUACUGUCUUCUUACCCCUGUUGGGACGGAACGCCUAUUGAACCCUCGUUGGGUUAAAAUUUCUCCGAGACCCCCGUUGGGACUCGACGAACGACUCUGAUCCAAGUUAUGGAUUCCUCGGACCCCGGCCGGACGGAUACAGUUCAAGACGACGACAUCCGACGGGCAAGAUCUUCGCAGCAAGAAAGAGGAGGAUCUUAGUCGGGCAGUCUGUUAUAUAGAGGUCACCGACCUGGGCGUGGCUACGGAUUACAAGGACUGCUGGGAGUCGUAGUCUUACUGACUGAAAAUUUUUUACAUUAAAAGUUUAUA